GCGUUCAUGAGCCGGAAAAUGCAUACCACCAUCCAUGGGAGCAACCGCAGCUUUCGCUUUUUGCACACUGACUCAUUUUGUUCACCGUAUGCUUUCUGCUUAAACAGUCAUUCAUUCAUAGAAACACGAACGGAGUGAUACCAUUGGCAUGUCCGCAACAGCUUUGGAAGUUCCUCCUCAUGAAAUUGUCGUUAUCAAGCCUUAUAUACGCUCACCAGACAACUGGAAAGAACUUCGCGAGCAGUGUUAUAGUGUGCGCAUAGAUGUCUUCCAUCACGAACAAGGCUUCCCCAUCGAAGACGAGAUAGACAACCUAGAAGACGUUGCCACACACUUCCUCCUACGCCUCACCUCCGGUUCCGACGCAGGCAAACCGGUUGGCACGAUCCGCUACACUAAACAGACCUCUCCCUCUACCAGGGAAACUUACUACAAACUGAGCCGGUUCGCCGUGUUGAAGGACUAUCGGAACUAUCGUUUCGGUGUCGGGCUCGUGAACGCUUUGCAUGACUAUAUCCGGACGGACGCGAGGAAGAGCAGGAACGAAGGUAGCGCGAACGGGAAUAACGCGCCGGGUGAUCAGGACGGUUUCGUUCGCGUCGUCUGUCAUUCCCAGAUCUACAUAAAAGGAUUUUACGAAAAAAUCGGAUAUGAACCCGAGGGGACACAAGUGUACAUCUCACGCUUACGUUCUCCAUCUGGACUUCUUACUCCACUUGAAUUCAUUCUGUACUCUGUCCGGCAGAUCACGCCUGCACAUGUCUGUUAUUCGUUGCUCUGCUUACUCUUCCGCCAAUUCGUACUCCUCCGACGCGAAGCUUGUAACAGCUCCACAAGUGAAAAAAGGGCUAGUCACUAGUGACUCAGACCCAUGGUUCAAAUUCAAUUGAACACAGAUAUAGCCGGUCUGAUUACGCCCUCCUCUUUUCCUCUUGACAGGGUCUCUUGACCUUUCUUCCCAUCUUCCCCGAUUCUUUCGAAUCAUCUAUCUGAUCAAGGAACCGAAGGAACCCGAAUACGUUCCCUGGGUCUGUUGUUGCCACCGCCAUUAGUAUCACGACCACCACCUAAACCGCUACCAGUACCUUAUGCCGUACCCACCACUUCACGUUCCUUUCCGUUCACGGUUCCUCGUUCCUUGGGUGGCUCCAUGAUGCUUCGCGGCUAUCUGCACCAUGCUUCCCGUCUCGGAGGAUUUAUAUUUUUGAUCACACAAGUUUCUUUGGCCGCCGUCCGUGAUUCUUGCUCUUCACAAACACUGUCAACCCUGACAAAUCUGUCAGUCUAUUGUUGCUCUUCCAUGGCUACCAAUUCACUUUUUUUCACUCUUCACGCGUCCCAUGUCCGCAUUUGAAUUCUUUUCUUCGCUUGCGCCUUUUCCUUCGCUCUCGCCUCUUUCCUUCGCUCUAUCCGUUGCUAUCUUAAUGACGUCUCCCCUGUCGCGACGUCUCCGUUGCGACUCAUCUGCGUCAUCGACUAUGGAAAUAACCCUUACUGACGUUUGGACUGUUGAUUUUACUCCUUUAGGGUGAAGAAUUCGACGAAGACGGCGCGCCACACCAGAAGAUGGUCCUCCGUCUUCCCAUAUCCGACUAGUCCAACAACGAUACCAGUGUCAAUUAUUCCAGCUAGGGGCACAACAUCUAGAACGAAUGUUCGCGGCGUCAAGAUCUAGAAGAAGGGGGUAUUGGAAUAUUCGCCUAUUCGUGUAUUCGUGUAUGAUUUGCGGUCGACGUACUACAGUACAACCCAAUUCCUUUUGGUACGUAGAAAUUCAGAGGAGAAGGAAAUAACUAUAAGAAUACAGAGGUGGAGUGGGAGGUCGUCAAGGGGGUCGUCACAGUGCAAUAAACUAAUCAUCAUAAGCAACAAACCAGAUAGAACGAAUGUCGUAUAAGAAUUUGUACCCAAAAACCUAUAAGCUAGAACACAACGCCUCCAGCC